GUUUUUUAUUUUUAUUUUUUAAGAUAGAUAUAAAAUACUCAAAGGUCAUGAUCAUUAUUACUAUAUCAAUGGUGUAUACAAUAAACAGUUAGUAACUAUUAUUAAUUUUUACAAAAUGUCUGAAAAAAAAAGAAAUGAUCAAAAUGUUUCAUUAUCUUCAAGAAGCGUUCAGUUCAUAAUAGCAAUGUUUGGAAUACUUUCAUUUACACUAGUCAACAUCACAGUUAUUGUGAGACAAUUUCAUUCUGAGUGGAGACAUUCCCCAAGUUCUAUGAUAUUUCAAACUGGAAUAACUCUGUUUGGUUUCCUUAUAAUCAUAUUUCUUGUUGUAAUAAGUCAAUUGAAUGAAGUAUUGGCUCGUCAACAAACAAAAGAUGAUACAUACAUAUUAUCUGUUUAAUAUUGAAUUUAUUCAAGUAAUUUACUAUGUUCAAUUCAUUUCAAUGCAUUAGGUAUCUUAACAACAGUUAUCAUCAAGAUUUAUCAUAUUUAAUAUUUUAAACAUUUCAUAAAUAAAUGAAUUAAUAAACUUCUUAAGAAUUCAUUACUAUUUUUUUUUUUAUACUUUAAGUUGUAUUAUUUAUUGGGUAUUGGGUAAACUUAAAUGAAUUAAAACAAUAAUAUAAUCAUUUCUGUAGUUUAAAUCACGAACUGGUUUUAGCUACAUUAUCUUUAAAAACUUGAAAGUACUAGACAGUUGUUUCUUCCCAGUAUGGAACUUUUUAGUAGUAAGUAUUCAUAACACAGUGCUUCUUGGUUUUUAAUGUUGAUCGCAAUAACAUCAGUUCGUUAUUUAAACUAUGAAAAAUCUACUAUUUUUCAUAAAUUCCCCCCCCCACUCCAUACAAAUAAAUAAUCCUCAGGGUUUAGGAAUAUUAAAAUCAAUAGUUUCUAAGAGAAAUAUCAACCUUAAUUGUGUGAGAUGAAAACCAUUGUAGAGUUUAAUUUCUUUUAAUUUAAGUUAAAGAUUGAGUUUAUCAUUUUAAAAAAAUAUUU